GUGGUGACGCCGCCAUCAUCGCCAUGAAUGGCAGCCAGUCUCAGCCCUGCCCCCCCGUCACAACUGCACACAGCCCUGAAGAAGAGAGAGGAAGAGGAGAUCUGAAAAGAAAAGAUGAAGAAUCAAGUGAGGUUAAAAGCAUCAAGCGUCCCCGUCAGGAAGAACCGGAGACAGCGGAGACACAUCUGGAGGACAGAGGAGAGAGAAGACAGUCCUUCCUCUCUAAGUCCUGUGAAGAUCCACCUCAGCCUGCAGAAGACCGUGUGGAGAGGAGAAGCCCCCCCGACAGCCCAGGACUGUGUCCACAGGUCGCUGACGUCCACAGGACAGGGGCCAAGUGUGUCUCCGGGGGUCCAGCUGACCCUCUGCUCCCCGGGGAGGGCUACCACUGGACAGGGCUGCUCCGGGUGAAGCCGGGCCGGGGGGAGCCCACCCUGUCCCUGUCCUGCAGCGACAAGCUGGCCCGCUGGGGGGUGCUGGGCUUCCAGGGGGCCCUGCUGUCCCUCUACCUGCAGGAGGCUCUCUACUACAGCACCGUGGUGGUGGGGGGGGGUCCGUACAGCCAGGAGGCCAUGACCAGAGCUCUGGUCACGAGGUGUUCCUGUGUGUCGGCCCUUCCAGCAGGGUUCUCUGUCUGCCCCCCCCAGCUGCUCCAGUCCAGCCUGGAGUUCCCCUUCAGCCAGGCCCAGACGGAGCUGCACCACCAGGCAGGACAGGGACGCAUCUCCCCCUGUGGAGCAG